UCGUUGAACGAAACGAACUUCUUCCACCCCAGCGUCAGCGUUCCGUCCAUCAACCACCGACCGACGACAACAUCAGCAAACAUGGCGCCCGCAGCUGGAGCUAAGAAGCAGAAGAAGAAGGGCAAGGUCAAGGACAAGGCCCAGCACGCCGUCAUCCUCGACAAGCAGACUUCUGAGAAGCUCUACAAGGAUGUCCAGUCCUUCCGCCUCGUCACCGUCGCCACUCUCGUCGACCGCAUGAAGAUCAACGGUUCGCUCGCGAGGAGGUGCAUCAAGGACCUCGAGGAGAAGGGCCUCAUCCGCCCGGUGGUGCAGCACAGCAAGAUGCAGAUCUACACCCGUGCUGUUGGCGGUACCGAUUAAACGAUUCACCUUACUGCGAUGGACAUGACUUUGGUUUUGCGUCGUUAGGGAGGGCUUGGCCCGGGUUUCCAUGGGUAGAUAUCACGGCCCGGACUAAGGCCGGUAUGCUCGGUGUAGCAAGGAAUCGGAAUCGGUUGACCCAA